AUGAGCAUAUCGCGGGUUUCCUCGCACGAGGACAGUGGUGGUGGUGGUGGUGGUGGUAACAGUAACAGCAGUAGCAGCGUGGGCAGGCCCAGCGGCAACAGCAGUGCCAGCGUGUGUCCACAGGACGUGGUGGUGGCGCAAUACGAGUUUGUGCCCUCCAAACGCAGCCAGCUGCGUUUGUUACCGGGCGAUUUCGUAUACGUGCUCAGCAAGCACGAGUCCGGGUGGUGGGACGGCCUUGUGAUGUGUUCGGAGCGCCCCGAGCGCCCCGAGCGCUCCGAACGCGCUACGGCGUCCGGUGUCCGUUGCAUGCGCGGCUGGUUCCCGCAGAACUAUACCCGGCCCUACAAGGACAAACGCGGCAUCACACUCGCUGCGGUGAGUAAAGCCGGCGCCGGUGCGAGCGCCGCCAGUCGUCGCGGCAGUGCGGCCGCUACCGCGACCGCGCUGCUGCAGGCUGAAUUGGCUUUGCGCAGCGAAUCCCCCUUGCAUUCCAAUGCGUCGCCCUCAUCGCACCUGAAGCAGGACUACCGGCUCGACAUGCGGCAAUCACAGCAUUCUGGCGGCUCACGCCGUCAGAGUCUCGUUUCGGGCAUGUCUGGUGUCUCAGCGCCUUCCAAUGCGUCCAAUUUGUCUGGAACGCCGUCUGCGGCGUCCACAGCUUCACCCACGGUUCCCGCUGCACACCAACUACAGAUAGACCCACUUCAGAAAAUGCCCGCGGACGAGAACCGGCGCCGAAAGUCACAAGCCGCCGACAGCGCCAAAAUGAACGUCCUUAGUCUGGAAGAAGUCGAAAUGAUAUUUGGUAACAUUCACAACGAUUCCCCACCAAUUUGGUCCCCGGUGCCCACCUCGGAGGGCAAAGUCAUUUUUUACAACCGCGAUUACAACAUUUACUGUCGAACGCUACCGUUUCUACACAAUCCGAGUCUUAACAAAAAGAGCGUGUUUUCAGACUACGACUGGUACGUAGAUUUGUUCCCGCGCAAUCUGAAGCUCAUGAACACUGACAAGACCAAAGUGUUUGACACUUCGAGUUUGACUAGCACCGAGACAGACGGGGCACAGGCCCUCGAUGCUCGUGGACAGGCCGGCAACGGCCCCCCGUUCCCGGGGAAAAAUUUCGCUCGUCGUGUAUCUGCCACAGGUCGGGGCGCUAGCCUGGACGAUAGAUCCAAAUUGUCCUGGAACAAGAUGUCACAAGGCAGCCAUAUUACGAGUUCAGUCGGGGGCAUGAAAGGCAAUCCAAAUACCAGUGAGCAUGAUCACCAAACCAUUAAUACCAAGCAAAGCAGCAAAGGCGAGCGAGACUCGUCCAUGAGAAAGCUUUCACUCGAUAUCACUUUGCCAGCUAAUAGGGAGUUGUUUUAUCUGUACCGCACAGAUGUUGGUUCCUGGUCGGACCUGCGAAACAGCACACUUCACCAUGCGCGCAACGCAUAUGCAAGCUUUUUCCAAAAUGAUCAUCGUACUUUCACCAUUCAGUUCGAGCAAGCGACCAAGUUUUGCAUCCACUAUCACAUGGCUUUCAGGCUUCUAAGGGAACAGGUUCUUAAGAGCGGUCCGAAGGGUGAUAUCAAGAGAACUCUCAACAGAUUGGCCGACGCUGUCGAAAGCAUAACUAUAGACGCUAAUUUGUAUUUCAGUUCUCCCCAGAGACUAGAAAUUUCGGUCACGCAGCAGCAGGUGGCGGCUAUUCAUAAAUCAAGCGUGGGUAGCGCUAGCACGGCCGUACACGAGCCAAUCAGAGUUUCCGUGUCAACGAUCAACCCCAGUGCACCUAUUACGGCUGUCCGAAAUGCCAGUACUAGUACAACUGAUACUUUAAGAUUCAAGGAGUCCAUGGCUCAACAAGCGGAGAUGAAAGACGAUUUUUUAAGGGAUAGAUUUCAGAAUUUGGGAUCGAAUAGCCGCUCUCAAUCAACUAGGGGUAGCGUUUUUCAGUACGACGAAGGCUCUACUCUCUCCGUUCAAAAUCUAUUCCAGGCUGUCGAUACCUCCUUUGGUGAGUUGAUCAGAGUUGUUUGGCUUCUGCACAAGUUGGUAAAAGAAAGUUUUACGGAAGACUUACCCUUGCCACAAUUGAACCCAAGACUUUUUAGAGGCGUGUUCGAUGGCGGUUCGUGGACGAAUGCGUUUUUGCACUGUGACGAUGAAAUAACGAGAUUCUCAUCUGUGGGCGCCUUCCCACCCGGUAGUGCGGAUUCGGCCCCCAAGCCUUUCGGUAGUAUAAGCAGCAAAGCAACUACAUUGGAUGGUUCAUGGUUGUCAAAGGGCUCAUCCGAGCUAGAUAAAGCCGCUCUUAAAGAAGUGGCCAAAGCGAAAACUUCUAGGAAGAACAAGUUUCCAUUAAACGAAGAAACUAUGCUUUCUCUCAGAAAGCAUUUCCAGUAUUUCUCAGCUACAUCUUAUCAGAGUUUUGAAAAACUCAUCAAUCAGCCCAAGACGAAAAGAAGAAACUUGGAAAUUAGUGCAAACUGUUACAAAGGGCUUAGUCAAUCGGUCCGCGUGCUUGACAUACUUGAAAGCCUGGAUUUGAGAUUUUUCGUGAAUCUGCGAGAUCUUGCGCUGAACACGGAAAUAGACGAGGAGAGUCAGGAACUGCGGCAGCACGCCUUGGUGUCUGCUGCUCCUUUACUGCUGGAGUUUUACGACAUGAAACAAACCCUGCAUGAUGUGUUCAGCAAAAAUGUCAUUUGUCUGCAGAACAUCACGGUGGAGGAUCCUUAUGUGUUCUCGGCAAUGAGAGGUGACCUUGUUUUCGGUCUAAGUCCAGAGUACAACAGAUGUGAUACGCCAGAAGAAGAGGUUCUGACUGAAGCUUGCCGGAGAGAGCUUAUACGGGAAGACGUUGAAUCCAACGACUUUAACUAUCAAGAUACGGAUGUCUUUCUCAAAAAGUCUCAAGCAGAGGUCAUCGAAGUCGUUGCAGAAGCAUUAAGGAUCGUCGAGCAAUUAGUAAAGGAAAGAGAAAAUGUUCUCAACUUCGCGGCGAGAAUGAUGAAAAAUGAUUUAAUAGCAAACUUGUUGAUGGGAGAACAAGAACGAUGGUUUGAUGAGGGUGACGCCGACUCCAAGCUUGCAGACAGUGAAUUAGAGCAAAUUGGUUUCAGAGAAUCGUUGGGUAGAAGUUUUUCGAAGGACAUUCCAUGGUAUUUGGAUUCGGAGCAUGAAUAUUCGUUGAUUUAUGACAACAAUGGAAGGGUGAAAGGCGGCACUAGGGAUGCUCUCUUGGAGCAUCUCACAAGUCACCAACUCAUAGAUGCGCCCUUCAAUAUUGCUUUCCUCGUCACGUUUCGGAGUAUGUUUACAACUAGCGAAUUUCUUCAUGCCUUGAUGGAUCGUUAUAGCGUUUAUCCACCGGAAGGGUUAAGUUAUGAUGAAUACAACAGUUGGGUUGAGAAAAAGGCUGAGCCAACAAAGGCGAGGGUCGUCAACAUCAUGAAAACAUUAUUUUCGCAUUACUGGACACCUGCAUAUUACGAGCCGGGAAUUGACGACGUCAUAAGUUUUGCACAAUUGGCAGUAGCACAAGAUAUACCAAAUGCACCUGCUCUUCUUGCUGAAGCAAAAGAACGCCUGUCUUUGAAGGGCAAUCUGCAAAAAUUCGUGCCUAACACAAUUACGUUUGAUAACGAGAGCUUAGAUGAUGUUUCUAGCGAGCAUAGCAACAGAUUACCCUGGACGAACUCAACAGAAUCUAUGGGAGGAUAUGGCUUCAGAAUGCGUAAGCUUAAACUUCUCAAUAUCGACCCUCAUACAUUUGCGAAGCAAUUGACCAUAAAAGAACACAAUCUUUACUGCAAAAUUACGCCAUUUGAGUGUCUCGACCGUAUAUGGAGCAAGAAAUUUUGUCAUUUCGGUGGGUCCCAAAACAUUUCCGCGUUUAUUUCUAGCGCUAACAGCUUGACCAACUUUGUUUCCUACAGCAUAGUUAGACAGCUGAAUUUAAAAAAAAGGGCUAAAAUUAUUCAGCAUUUCAUUAGCAUUGCAGAAUACUGUUUCGAGCUUAAUAAUUUUUCAUCAAUGACAGCGAUCAUUUCGGCCUUAUAUUCGUCACCCAUUUACCGUUUAAAGAAGACUUGGUCAGUGGUUCCAGAUGACGUAAGAAACGUGCUUGAUCGACUAAAUAUGCUCAUGGACUCAAUGAAGAAUUUUGUCAAAUACAGAGAGUGGCUGAAGGGCGUCCAUGAUGUACCUUGUGUACCAUUUUUUGGCGUUUAUUUAUCGGACUUGACAUUUACUGCUCAAGGCAACCCAGACAAUUUGCACAGAACUGCUGGAAUAGUCAACUUUAGCAAACGUUCCAGAGUAGUUGAUAUCUUGAAAGAAAUUUCGGAUUAUCAGUAUCUUCGCUACAAAUUCAAGCGUUACGAUGACAUCGAAAUAUUCAUCAACGAAGUCAUGAAACACGUGCCAAGCAUCGAGAAACAGUAUGAACAGUCGCUCCUUGUUGAGCCACGUCCUGGGGUUUCAACCGGUUUGAAACCUCCGUCUCGUGCCGCGUCCAUUGCAUCUUCUAAAACCGGAGUUGCCGGAUUAAAAUCCGAAAAAUUAUCCAGAUUUGGCAGGUCCAAAAAAAAGACAUCUAGUGCUGGUUAG